AUGACUGCGAAGAUGCCAAUGUCUCGUGUUCAAAUAAAAACGCUCCCCGUUUAUCGUGAGAGUGAGGAGGUUCAAGGUGUAAGAGUUCUCCAUCAUGUUUUUUGGAACUUCUAUCUGUGUAUUGUAGUAUUUAGACACUGUAAGCCAUUGGUGCAGGUUGAUGGCACACACCUGUACGAAAAAUAUAAAGGUGCACUUUUAGUUACGGUUGCACAAGAUGGGAACCAAAACAUUGUGCCUAUUGCAUUUGCGAUAGUCGAGGGUGAGAUGGCAAACAUGUGGGAGUUUUUCCUAACCAAUUUGUGGAGAUAUGUUGUUACUAUUGAUGGCGUGGGCAUUAUUUCUGACCGCCAUAACUCCAUUGACGCAGUAAUAGCUCGCAGUAACGGUGCAUGGUCACCACCAAGAGCGUGUCACAUGUUCUGCAUCAGGCACAUCGGGUCCAACUUCUUAAGGAGGUUCAAGGCUCCGUGUUUGCAUAAACUCGUGGUUAACACAGGCUAUUUUAGAAUAGAACAGGAGUACAACAAAAACUACCAAAGGCUUAAAGAGCAGGGUGAGGUCUACUUUCUAUCGGCUAAACGAAUUGUUCCUGUGACUGCCGUUGUUAGGUAUACUUUCUAUCGGCUGAAUGAAUUGUUUACUCAGAAGAGCGCCGAUGCUCAUGAGCGUGUCCGCAACGGAUUCACAUAUUCAGAAUUUGCCACCAAAAGAGUUGAUGAAAGUUUUCGACGUGCAGGAAACAUUGUCGUCAAUCGGUUCGACAUGCGCAAUGAGAUGUUUGAGGUUCGCAAAAUGCAAGAUGGUUCCAUUUACACUGUCGAGCGACUCUCAUGUCGCCACGUUCUUGCAUGUUGCACUAACCAGCAUCUUGAUUGGCAAGUAUAUGUGCAUGACAUGUACAAGAUAUCUGAAAUUUGCAAGAUCUACAGAGACGAGUUUGUUCCGAUGGGUGACCCAUCUAUGUGGGCUAGAUAUGAAGGAGCGAAGAUGAUCGCAAUUGGACAUUGA